CUCCCCUCAGUCGGCGGCUCUCGCUCGACGCCGCAUCACGUACCACAAGCAUUAUGGCGGUCACCCCGGUAUUCGGCGCGCUCCUCUUCACCGCCUUCGCUACGGCGGCGAUGAGCCCGCUCCAUCCGCUCUCCGACGAGUUCAUAGUCCUCAUAAACUCCAAGCAGAACUCUUGGAAGGCCGGCCGCAACUUCCCGCUCAGCACCCCGCUAGCACACAUCAGGAAAUUAACCGGCGUACUCAAGGAUGACACGCUUUUAACUCUCCCCGUAAGAGAACACGAUGCCGAUCUCAUCGCGAGUCUGCCGGAGAACUUUGACCCGAGAGACAAAUGGCCCGAUUGCCCGACUCUGAACGAGAUAAGAGACCAAGGAUCCUGCGGAAGCUGCUGGGCGUUCGGAGCCGUCGAAGCUAUGACUGAUCGCGUCUGCACUUAUUCUAACGGUACGAAACAUUUCCACUUCUCUGCCGAAGAUAUGCUGAGUUGCUGCCCGAUUUGCGGCCUCGGCUGCAACGGCGGUAUGCCGUCUUUAGCUUGGGAAUACUGGAAGCACUUCGGACUCGUAUCAGGAGGCUCGUACAACUCAACCCAAGGUUGCCAGCCUUACGAGAUCCCUCCCUGCGAGCACCACGUCCCCGGCAACAGAAUGCCUUGCAAUGGCGAUUCGAAAACGCCCAAAUGUGUCAAGAAAUGCGAAGCCGGAUACGACGUUGAAUACGGUAAAGACAAGCACUACGGUAAACAUGUGUUUUCGGUGAGAGGCGGCGAGGAUCAUAUCAAAGCGGAGCUGUAUAAAAACGGGCCUGUCGAGGGGGCGUUCACUGUUUACGCGGACUUAUUGAAUUACAAAAGCGGGGUAUAUUCGCACACAUCAGGAGACGCGCUGGGUGGUCAUGCUAUCAAGAUCCUUGGGUGGGGUGUGGAGAACGGCAAGAAAUACUGGCUCAUAGCUAACUCGUGGAACAGCGAUUGGGGUGACAACGGCUUCUUCAAGAUCCUGCGUGGUGAGGAUCACUGCGGCAUCGAAAGUUCUAUUGUGGCCGGUGAACCGGCUUUAGAUGGAUUAUAAAUUUAAUUAAGAUGCAAAUUACUCGUAUUGCCAAAGAGAAUGUUGAUUAGAUUUAAUUUGGUACCAUGAAAUAAAUAUUUUU